GUGUUUUAGGAACCAACAGCCAACUGCAAUCAUAAGAGGAAGAUAUAUCUUUCCCUCUUUCCUCUAAAUCUUGGAAGAUCAGAAGCUCCGUUCGUGAUCUCACAACUUCAAUAACAAUGGCGACAAGGUACUGGAUAGUUUCUCUUCCCGUUCACAGCUCCGCCACUUCUCUAUGGAGUCGCUUACAAGAAUCCAUCUCCAAAAAUUCCUUCGACACUCUUCUCUACAGGUUCAAUAUCCCAAAUCUUCGCGUUGGUACACUCGAUUCGUUGUUAGCCCUCAGCGAUGAUCUACUCAAGUCGAAUACGUUUAUCGAAGGAUGUUCUCAUAAGAUACGGCGUCAGAUCGAAGAUUUGGAGAAGGCUUCGGGAAUUCUCGCUAGCUCCUUGACUGUCGAUGGGGUUCCGGUGGAUUCAUAUCUCACCAAAUUUGUGUGGGAUGAGGCUAAGUAUCCAACAAUGUCUCCUCUUAAGGAGAUUGUGGAUGGUAUACAUGUUCAAGUAGCCAAGAUAGACGAUGACCUUAAGGUUCGUAUUGCUGAGUAUAACAAUGUUCGCAGUCAACUCAAUGCAAUCAACAGAAAGCAGACUGGAAGCUUAGCUGUUCGUGAUCUGUCCAAUUUGGUAAAACCAGAGGACAUAGUCACUUCAGAACAUUUGGUUACUCUCAUUGCUGUUGUCUCCAAGUUUUCCCAGAAGGAUUGGUUGUCAUGCUAUGAAACAUUAACAACUUAUGUGGUCCCUAGAUCCUCCAAAAAUCUACAUGAGGAUAAUGAGUAUGCUCUCUAUACUGUGACAUUAUUCAAUCGUGAUGCUGACAAUUUCAAAAUUAAGGCACGCGAAAGAGGAUUUCAAAUUCGUGAUUUUGAAUAUAAUUCGGAAACUCAAGAGGGUCGGAAACAGGAGCUUGAAAAACUGGUGCAAGAUCAAGAAUCCCUGAGAAGCUCUCUUUUGCAAUGGUGUUAUACCAGUUAUGGAGAGGUUUUCACUUCCUGGAUGCACUUCUGUGCUGUCCGCUUAUUUUCCGAGACCAUUUUGAGAUACGGCUUGCCCCCUUCCUUUUUGUCUGUUGUAUUGUCACCAUCUGUGAAAAACGAGAAGAAAGUACGUACACUCCUUGAAACCCUAUGCGACAGUUCCAACAGCACGUUUUGGAAAACCGAUGAAGAAGGAAGCAUGGGUGGGUUGGGCGGUGAAGCUGACACUCAUCCUUAUGUCUCCUUCACUAUUAAUCUCAUAUGAAACUCGUGUUGAGGUGAGAGAGAGACACAAAGAGAGAGGUGGUGUUGAUUCUUGUUUUUUUUUUUCUUGAUUGGAAACCAAUAAUCUCAUGUUUAUUUAAAAUAUGUGUAUUAUUAUUAUUAUCAUUAUUUAUAUAGGGUUGAUGAACCCGAUUUUAGUUGGAGACACAGGUGUAUUGAUUGUUUGACGUUUAAAGUUUGAUUUUGAAAUUUGUUUUGUU